UAUGUAUAAACUAAACUAAAAAAGAAAGAAUAAAAAAACAUAAGCACAAGUUUUUGCUUGUUUAAAAAGAAAAUUAAAAAUAAAACACAAAAAAUCGAUUGAAACAUUUCGAAAAAAAGAAAGAAACAAAAAUCUGAAAAAAUACAACAACCCGUGUAUUGAAAAAAAGGAUAUCUCAAAGCAAAGAGUUAUAAUUUUAUUAAAUAUGUUUUUAAUUUAAUUUACAGAGUUUUGGAAAAAAAGAAAAAUAUUAAAAAAGUGUUUAAUUUUUUUAUUGAAAUAAGAAACAAAACGCAAGAAAAACGUUUCGCUACCUAACAGAAAAUUAUUCCUCAAAAGGGGGUAGUUUUAACCCCUAACGAAAUAAAAACGAGAAAAAUUGUGUAACACCAGUGCCACUACAGAAAGUAUUAUUAUUUUUGCAAAGAGUUUUCUUUUAAACAAAUAAACGAACGAAAUGAAUGAUCAGCAUGGGAGAGCGGACUCCUAUCGGGUCGCAACGGUUGUACCAACCGAUGACGACAAUCUUACAGCCGAUGGUCAUUACAAGACAAAACGCAAGAUGCCGGCUAAAGGGGCGAAAAAAGAAAAUUUAGAUGAUCUCAAACAGGAGUUAGAUAUCGAUUAUCAUAAAAUCACUCCUGAGGAGCUGUAUCAGCGCUUUCAGACACAUCCUGAAAAUGGUCUAAGUCAUGCUAAAGCUAAAGAAAAUUUAGAACGUGAUGGCCCAAAUGCUCUCACACCACCAAAACAAACACCCGAAUGGGUGAAAUUCUGUAAGAAUUUAUUCGGUGGUUUCGCCAUGUUAUUGUGGAUUGGUGCUAUUUUAUGUUUUGUGGCCUAUUCUAUUCAAGCCAGUACCAGUGAAGAGCCAUCCGAUGAUAAUUUAUAUUUGGGUAUCGUACUGUCAGCUGUAGUUAUAGUUACCGGUAUUUUCUCAUACUAUCAGGAAUCUAAAAGUUCAAAAAUUAUGGAAUCUUUCAAAAACAUGGUUCCCCAAUUUGCCACUGUCAUACGUGAGGGUGAAAAAUUGACUCUCCGUGCCGAAGAUUUAGUCUUGGGCGAUGUUGUCGAAGUGAAAUUCGGUGAUCGUAUCCCAGCUGAUAUUCGCAUUAUUGAGGCUCGUACUUUUAAGGUUGAUAACUCAUCGUUGACUGGUGAAUCUGAGCCCCAGUCCCGUGGCCCCGAAUUUACUCACGAGAAUCCCUUGGAAACGAAAAAUUUAGCUUUCUUCUCGACCAACGCUGUUGAAGGUACUGCCAAGGGUGUCGUCAUUAGCUGUGGUGAUCACACCGUCAUGGGUCGUAUUGCUGGUCUGGCUUCCGGUUUGGAUACCGGUGAAACACCCAUCGCCAAAGAAAUUCACCAUUUCAUUCAUUUGAUUACCGGCGUCGCUGUCUUCUUGGGUGUGACCUUCUUCGUUAUUGCCUUCAUUUUGGGUUACCAUUGGUUGGAUGCUGUUAUUUUCUUGAUUGGUAUUAUUGUCGCUAACGUACCUGAAGGUCUAUUGGCUACCGUAACUGUGUGCUUGACUUUGACUGCCAAACGUAUGGCUUCGAAGAAUUGUUUGGUAAAGAAUUUGGAAGCUGUCGAAACUUUGGGUUCCACCUCCACCAUCUGUUCGGAUAAGACCGGUACCUUGACCCAAAACCGUAUGACUGUCGCCCACAUGUGGUUCGAUAAUCAGAUCAUUGAGGCCGAUACAACAGAGGAUCAGUCGGGUGUCCAAUACGAUAGAACUAGCCCUGGAUUCAAGGCGCUCUCUCGCAUUGCCACUCUCUGCAAUCGUGCUGAAUUCAAAGGCGGCCAAGAAGGCGUUCCAAUUUUGAAGAAGGAAGUCAGCGGUGACGCCUCAGAAGCUGCUUUGUUGAAGUGUAUGGAAUUGGCCCUCGGUGAUGUCAUGAAUAUUCGCAAGCGCAACAAGAAAUUGGCCGAAAUUCCGUUCAACUCCACCAACAAGUAUCAGGUCUCAAUUCACGAAACCGAAGAUCCCUCAGAUCCCCGUUACUUGCUCGUAAUGAAGGGUGCCCCCGAACGUAUUUUGGAGCGUUGCUCAACCAUCUUUAUCAACGGCAAAGAAAAGGUCUUGGACGAAGAAAUGAAGGAAGCUUUUAACAACGCCUACAUGGAAUUGGGAGGUUUGGGCGAACGUGUAUUGGGUUUCUGUGAUUAUAUGCUGCCAUCUGAUAAAUAUCCCACCGGCUUCAAGUUCAACGUUGAUGAUGUCAACUUCCCCAUUGACAAUUUGCGUUUCGUUGGCCUUAUGUCCAUGAUUGAUCCCCCUCGUGCUGCUGUGCCCGAUGCCGUUGCCAAGUGUCGUUCUGCUGGUAUUAAAGUUAUCAUGGUUACUGGUGAUCAUCCAAUUACUGCUAAGGCCAUUGCCAAAUCCGUCGGUAUCAUUUCCGAAGGUAACGAGACCGUGGAAGAUAUUGCCCAACGUUUGAACAUUCCCGUUUCGGAGGUUAAUCCACGUGAAGCCAAGGCUGCCGUUGUACAUGGUGCUGAAUUGCGUGAUGUUAGUUCCGAUCAAUUGGAUGAAAUCUUACGCUACCAUACUGAAAUUGUGUUCGCUCGUACCUCACCACAACAAAAGCUGAUUAUUGUUGAGGGUUGCCAACGUAUGGGUGCUAUUGUCGCUGUGACUGGUGAUGGUGUCAACGAUUCGCCUGCUUUGAAAAAGGCUGAUAUUGGUGUUGCUAUGGGUAUUGCUGGUUCCGAUGUAUCCAAACAGGCUGCUGACAUGAUCUUGUUAGAUGAUAACUUUGCCUCCAUUGUUACCGGUGUUGAGGAAGGUCGCUUGAUCUUCGAUAACUUGAAAAAAUCUAUUGCUUAUACCUUGACCUCCAACAUUCCUGAAAUCUCACCAUUCUUGGCUUUCAUCUUGUGCGAUAUCCCCUUGCCUUUGGGUACUGUUACAAUUCUGUGCAUUGAUUUGGGUACUGAUAUGGUUCCUGCUAUCUCUUUGGCUUACGAAGCUGCUGAAGCCGAUAUCAUGAAGCGUCCACCCCGUGAUCCAUUCAACGAUAAAUUGGUCAAUUCAAGAUUGAUUUCCAUGGCCUACGGUCAAAUUGGUAUGAUCCAAGCUGCUGCCGGCUUCUUUGUCUACUUUGUCAUCAUGGCUGAAAAUGGUUUCUUGCCACUGACAUUGUUCGGCAUCCGUAAGAUGUGGGAUUCCAAGGCUGUCAAUGAUUUAACCGAUUCCUAUGGUCAAGAAUGGACCUAUCGCGAUCGCAAAACUUUGGAAUACACCUGCCAUACAGCUUUCUUCGUUUCCAUUGUGGUUGUACAAUGGGCUGAUUUGAUUAUUUGCAAGACUCGACGAAACUCCAUUUUCCAACAAGGCAUGAGAAAUUGGGCCUUGAACUUUGGUUUGGUGUUCGAAACCAUUUUGGCUGCCUUCUUGUCAUACUGCCCCGGUAUGGAGAAGGGUCUUCGUAUGUACCCACUCAAACUCGUUUGGUGGUUCCCAGCCAUUCCAUUCAUGUUGGCCAUCUUCAUUUAUGAUGAAACUAGACGUUUCUACUUGCGUCGCAAUCCCGGAGGCUGGUUGGAACAAGAAACCUACUAUUAAACAAAUCAGCAAACAUCCUUCUCCUCCACAAAAAAGAAACACUACCACCACCACUACACUCCCACACAUUAUAUUAUUACAUAUACUAUUUUUGUUAUAUGGCUGCUUCAUCCAUUUCAAGUUAUCCAGCUCUGCUGCCAUCCACGAAGUAAUAAAAAAACAACUACACUAUUCUCCAUACCACCACCACUCCCGCCCGCUAAGCCUCAACAAACUCAACUUUGUUACAUCAAAAUCAACUACAUCAACCACCAUGAAAAACGUCACCAUCUUUUAGAACAACAACAAAUGGAAGAAAAAUCAAAUCAGCUUCUUCAACAAGGAAACCGAAUUAAAAAACCACAUGGAAACAUCGACGAUUUACACACACAUAAAUACAUAUGGCUCUCGAUGUUUGGUGUUAUUUAAAUUAUUAUAAAUAAAGAUUAAUAAUAAAAACAAAAAACAAAAAUAAAAACAAAAAAGUAAACUCCCUCUCUGCCCCCUUUAAAACACAAAAAGAAAAAAAGGACAAAAAUAAGGAGAUAAAAAAAGGAAAUAGAGGAUUUUUAGAGAAAAAUACAAAAAAAGAAAAUACAAAAACCAUACUGCUAUAACUUAAAAUUAAGAUGCAACAAAACAACAACAAAUGAACAUCAUCAAUAAUAGAAUGACAUUUUUGAAAUCAAGAAGAAACCCAAGAAUCUAUCUUGAAAAAAAAGAAUACACAA